AUGGGGAACACAUCCAGCGUUGUGGGCCGUGAGUGCUUCAUGGCCGCCGUGGGUGGAGACACUAAUAUGGCUACCUUCCGCGGAGAUCUGCUGUAUGAAUUUCGGGCUCUACCAUCGUAUAACUUGGCCAUUCCUGUCCAUCCUGAUGUGAUCACAUAUCCGAAUACUACGACUCAAGUCGCUGAAAUUGUGCGUUGUGCCGUUGAGGGAAACUACCAGGUGCAAGCUUACAGUGGAGGUCACAGCUAUGGCAACUAUGGACUGGGAGGGGCCGAUGGUCAUGUCGUCGUCGACUUAAAACAUUUCCAGAACUUCUCUAUGGACCCUGACACUCAUAUUGCCACGAUUGGCGCCGGUACAAACCUGGGUGAUCUCCAAGACCGACUUCUGCAUGCAGGUGGUAGAGCAAUGGCCCAUGGAUCUUGUCCACAAGUCGGCGUUGGUGGUCAUUUCACCAUUGGUGGUCUCGGUCUGAUGUCGCGACAAUGGGGAACUGCGCUGGAUCAUGUGCUGGAGGCUGAAGUAGUCCUAGCCAAUUCCAGCAUUGUGACAGCAUCAGAAACCCAGCACCAGGAUAUUUUCUGGGCUAUCAAAGGUGCAGCCGCCAGCUUUGGCAUCGUCACUCAGUUCAAAGUCCGCACUCAGGAAGUUCCCAAGGGUGCCGUGCAGUACACGUAUACAUUUAGCCAGGGGAACGUACUCGACAAGGUCAAACUUUUCCAAGCCUGGCAGUCCGCUGUGGCAAAGCCUAAUAUUACGCGCGAUUACUCUACAGAGCUCACAAUCUUUGGGGACGGUAUUGUGAUAACGGGCAGUUUCUUUGGGACCAGAGAGGAGUUCCAUGAAUUUGAGCAGGAAAACAAUCUCCCAAUUCAAAACAUGGGCAAUGUGGCAUACAUCACGAACUGGCUAGCCUUAGUAGCCCACGCGGCUGAGAAUUACCUGGUCUCGAUCGGCGGAGCCUUACUCACUUCGUUCUACUCCAAGUCAGUAUCAUUCACAGUUGACGAACUAUUCACCGAGCACGCACUAGUCGCCUUGUUCACAUACCUCGACACCGCACCGAAGGGCACUCCGAACUGGUGGAUUAUUUUCGACCUGGAAGGUGGCGCAACCAACGAUGUGCCGAUGAAUGCCACGGCCUAUAUUCACCGCGAUGCUGUUAUGUGGAUGCAAUCUUAUGCUGUUAUCGGAUUUGAGCCUCCUGCAUUUGUUUCCAGGAGGUUCCUCGAUCGCUUGCAUCAAGUUGUGAUAGAUAAUCGACCACCUGGUCCUCUGCGUUCCUAUCCGGGAUAUGUUGACCCUUACCUAAAGCAUGGUCAGGUGGCUUACUGGGGAUCUAAUCUUGAACAGCUGCAGAGAAUCAAGACUCGCGUGGAUCCGAAGGAUGUCUUCCACAACCCGCAGAGUGUGGCUGUUAAUCCCAUUAUCGAUUCUCAUGGCUUGGUUUACUGA